CGAAGAUCAAAGUAAUCUGACACCCCAAACGAUGCUUACGCCUAGAUCCAUAGGAGGUCGAUUUGUGAUAUCAUGUCAUCAGGAGAAACUUCUGAGACCUGAGGUGUCUAUUGUACACCAAGAAACCUAGACGUAAUAUUAAAUGUAACACUAUAGUAGGGACUAAAAGUAUAAUUAACAGAAUUAUUACUCGGCCGGUUUAGGGAUUUCUCUCCUUCGUCAUCUUCUCCAACCACUAUAUCGCCGGCGUUCCGCAAAGUAUCACCGAAGUUGCGAAGUAGCUGAAGAAAAUGUACGGAGACGCUACAAAUUGGAAUGAGAAUGCGUAUAGAGAAGCGAUUCUGAAGGAACGAGAAGUACAGACGCGUACAGUGUUUCGAACCGCCUGGGCUCCUCCAGCGAUAAAUCCUAAUCCGGACGCCUUUGUUGUUGCCUCCAGCGAUGGAACCCUAGCUUUGCAUUCGCUGAACUCGCUUGUGUCCCAAUCGGCGGCGUUUGGGUACUCGAAAGGUCAGGACUUUAUGGUGGCUGAACCAGAGGCAGUGGUUAAGGCACACGACGGACCGGCUUAUGAUGUCAAGUUCUAUGGCGAAGACGAAGAUGCUUUGCUCCUCAGUUGUGGCGAUGAUGGAAGAGUUCGUGGAUGGAAAUGGAAAGACUUUUCUGAAACAGAGGCGUCUCAAGAGAAUCAUGGGAAGCCAUUGCUUGAAUUGACUAAUCCACAACACAAAGGUCCUUGGGGUUCCCUUUCACCGAUGCCUGAGAUAAACGCCAUUGCUGUUGACACUCAGUCAGGUAGUGUAUUUACGGCUGCUGGUGAUUCUUCCGCGUAUUGUUGGGACGUGGAGAGUGGUGAAAUCAAAAUGACCUUCAAGGGGCAUUCAGACUAUUUGCACUGUGUGGUUUCUCGUAGCUCUGCAAGUCAGAUAUUGACGGGUUCAGAGGAUGGGACUGCAAGGAUCUGGGAUUGCAGAACAGGGAAAUGCAUCAAAGUAAUUGGUUCCCAGGAUAAAAGGUCCGGCUUUCGCAUUAGUUCUAUGGCUCUCGAUGGAAGUGAAAGCUGGUUGGUUUGUGGACAGGGUAAAAACUUAGCUUUAUGGAAUCUUCCUGCCUCAGAAUGCGUAUCAACAAUAUCAUCCCCUGCACAUGUACAGGAUGUGAUGUUUGAUGAAAAGCAGAUUUUGACCGCAGGAACAGAACCACUUCUAAGGCGUUUCGACUUGAAUGGAGCUUUGCUUUCUCAAAUACAGUGUGCUCCGAGUUCAGUAUUUUCCAUCUCCUUGCAUCCAGCAGGAGUAUGUUUCUGA